AGUAUAAAUAUUCAACGAUUGUCGAAAACCCAGCGAAGCGCUCAGUGCGCUAACAAACGUGUGCCUAAACACAUGGAUCAUGUCGAGUACUCUCGGCAAAUGGCUCUUGCUAGCCACAGUUUGUUUUGUUCCUCUUGACUGUGAAAUUUAUGAAGAUCGACCGAAAAUCAAGACAGAAGGCGGUAAUCUCAUUCUAGAACCAGCUUACGAUAAAAACCUAUAUCUGCGCGUCAAUGGACCAAAAUCGAAAAUUUUUGUUGGCGAUACGAACAUCUUGGGAGACAAUUCUAACAGUAAUGGACCCGGUGAUGCACAAAACCAGAUAUCUAACAAUGGGAACGGCGACACCAAUCUAAACGGGAUAUUGGAGAGACUUGAGAGAUUGGAGAAUAAGGAUUCUACACUGCCCAACGACUUGCUUUUCAACAUAUCGAUGCUAUGGAGAAGAGUCAACAACAUUCGCAGGAAAGUGAUUAACCUUCAAACGCUACUCAAUGAAGCCUCAGUAGACCAGUGUCAGUCAGCCCCUUGUGAGCAUGGUGGUACCUGCCUCAGCAUAUAUCGCGGCUACCACUGCCUUUGCCCGUCGAGUUGGGAAGGCAAGAACUGUGAAAUGGAUGUCAACGAAUGCCGCAAUUUUGCCGGAACGGACCAAGGAUGCCAAAACGGUGCGCAGUGUAUCAACAGCCCAGGAUCGUACUCGUGUUCCUGCAAACAGGGGUGGUUCGGCAUUCAUUGCACUCAGAGGGCCAAGGAUUGCUCGGCUGGUGACUUCGAAAUGUGCGGUCACGGUACCUGUAUAAAGACGGACUCCGGAGAAGGUAUUAAAUGCAUAUGCCACCAGGGAUGGACAACUAAUGGAACUGGAGUCGCCUGCUUAACUGAUAUCAACGAAUGUGACGCCUACCAGGGUCCCAGGUGUUCUGUGAAUCCUAAAGUGGAUUGUAUUAAUUUACCUGGUUGGUUUAGGUGCGGCCAGUGUCCUACAGGGUACGAAGGCGACGGCUUCAGCUGUUACGAUAUCGAUGAAUGCACGACGAUCCCCAAUGGAGGCUGCAGUCCCUUAGUCACAUGCCACAACACCAUUGGCUCCCGUAUAUGUGGAUUGUGCCCGCCUGGCUAUCAAGGUGACGGAGUUACAUGUACCUGGAGAGGUACGUGCAAUAUCGGUCAUGGAGGCUGUCACCCGUCUGCGCAAUGUAUCGAGAGUCCAACACCUACUGGGCAAUCAGCGCAGUGCAUCUGUCCCGAAGGCAUGAUGGGCGAUGGAAUGGGGAUAGGUGGGUGCUAUGUGCCAACCAGUGGGAAUUACACUGAUGGGUGUGCGAGCAAUCCGUGCGGCGUCCACGGGCGAUGCCACUCUCUUCGCGACGGCUACACGUGCAUCUGCGCUCAGGGCUACGGCGGCGCGAGCUGCGAGGUGGCGGCGGACGCGUGCCGCGCCAACCCCUGCCACAACGGCGGCGUGUGCCGCCGCGACGACGCCGCCGCCGGGGGCUUCCGCUGCGACUGCGCCGCGCAGUACUCCGGCUCCUUGUGCCAGGUAAGGACCAAGUCUUGUGGUGGCGUCCUAGACAACGAAGAGGGCAGCAUUGUUUAUCCUUUGACCAAUACCACCUACAACCACAACUCGCAGUGCGCCUGGGUGAUACACACGGCACCUGACAAAGUUAUCAAUGUCACGUUCAGCAAGUUCAAUCUAGAGGCAAGUCCUGAAUGUAUGUACGAUUUCUUACAAAUACACGACGGUCGCAAGUCUUCCAGCCAGCUGAUAGGUAGAUUUUGUGGAAAUAAUUAUCCUAAAGGGGGUAAUAUUGUAUCAAGUCACAACAAUUUAUAUUUCUGGUUCCAUUCUGACAAAACUAUUGCUAAAGACGGUUUUGCUUUGCACUGGACGAGCAUAAGCCCAGUGUGCGGUGGUCACGUAGACGCCACCACUCACGGACACAUCAGCUCGCCCGGCUCUCCCGGGCCGUACCCUCCCAACCGCGAUUGUUAUUGGCACUUGACGACCAGCUUAGGCAAGCGGAUCAAUUUACAUUUCUUCGCUCUCGACAUUGAAUCGCAUUCUAAUUGUAGUUUCGACUACUUAGCAAUAUAUGACGGUGAACACAUGACAGACCCGCUGAUUGAGAGAUAUUGUAACACGACACAACCCGCGCCGGUACAGUCUGCAGGUUCUGAUAUGCUCAUACACUUCCAUUCGGAUGCAUACGGUUCUGGUCACGGCUUCCAAAUAGCCUACGCACCCAUGGAAGGCAUUCCAGGGUGUGGAGGCUACUAUACGACGAGCACAGGGGAACUCGUUUCACCUACUCGUAAUGGACUUUAUCUAAGUAACUUGUUAUGCGAGUAUAAAAUAAAAACCAGCUUGGAUACUAAGAUAAAAAUAGAAUUUAAAUCAUUUAAACUUGAACGUUCCUUUAGAUGUAAAUAUGACUAUCUAAAGAUUUAUGACGGGCCGUCAUCAGAUUCUAGACUCGUUGGUAAGUUCUGUGGAACAACGUAUCCAAAAUCUUAUACAUCAACAUCGAAUAAUCUUUAUUUCGUAUUUAGAACUGAUAGGUCUUUGCCAUCUGAAGGCUUUCGAAUCACGUACGAAGCUAUUUGCGAGAACACUAUAGUAGGAGAUAGUGGAGUAAUAAAGUCACCCGGUUAUCCAUUUAGCUACCCAGACAACAAGCUGUGUGAAUAUGUCAUCAAAACGGACCCGGGCAAAGCUAUUCAGUUAACGUUCCAAGAUUUUGACAUUGAAGACAAUAGGUACAAUGACUGCCGGUACGACAGCGUGGAGAUCAGGGACGGCCACGACAGGAACGCCACGUUACUCGGCAGAUACUGCGGCGGCGCUGCGCACACGCCCCCUGUGCAGACAUCCACGCUCAACUAUAUGUACAUAAGCUUCAAAUCUGAUUUGAGUGUUUCCGGCACCGGAUUCUACGCUAACUAUACUACCAUAGAUACUGAAUGCGGAGGUAUUCAUAGAGAAACCACUGGACUAAUAAAUCACCCAUCCAGUGACGCUACUUACAAAAACUAUCAGUCCUGUAAAUGGUUACUGAUAGCUCCGGAAGGCAUGCAUAUAAAGUUAACAUGGAACAGGUUCGACAUUGAGGAGAUGCCUUCUUGUGGCAGCGAUUACCUGGAGCUGGUAGAGAUAGACGACAAUAAUGAGAAAAAUGUAAUGGGCAAAUUUUGUGGCUCCCACUCGCCUCCUGCCUUGACCACUUCCACUAACCGGCUCAUGCUACGAUUUGAAUCCGAUAGUAGCAUUCGUUCUUCUGGGUUUUCUGUAUCCUACACAUUUUUGGACCAGAAAACUCACUGCGGUGGAGCGUACAUUAAAAGUCAUGGAUUUAUAUACUCUCCAGGAUGGCCUCAACCCUACGAACCUAAUCGUGAUUGUACAUGGACUAUAACGGUGCCCGUGGGCCAACAAAUCAUGUUGAACAUUUCACAGUUUCAUCUAGAACGACCUAUACGUGACAAAUGCAAUCUUGGUGACUAUUUAGAAAUAAGAAACGGUGGUAGCGAUAACUCUCCUUUAAUAGGUCAGUAUUGUGGAUCGUUCGAUUCUAAACGCAUCGUAUCACUAUCUAACGCUCUCCACUUGCACUUCCACUCCGACUUUUACUUGAGCGGAACAGGAUUCAAAGUGGAAUGGGAUGGCACCAUUACAGGAUGUGGGGGAACACUUACUAGCCCUUCUGGCUCAGUAUCAUCGCCAAACUACCCUAAUGAAUACAAUGAAAACGCUGAAUGCUUUUAUAGGAUAGUUACUAGUGCAGGUUCACGAAUUCGUAUAACAUUUUCAGAGCUAGACCUAGAAAGAACUCUUAGAUGUAGGGACGACUAUGUUGAAAUAUACGAUGGACGUGACGCUACUGCCAAUAGUUUAGGAAAACAUUGUUAUAUGAAACCGGAGCUAGCUAAUAUUGAAACUACAUCUAACUAUGCAUUUGUCAAAUUUAGAUCCGAUGUAUUUCAAGGAGGGAAAGGAUUUAUAUUUAACUAUCAAACGAUUUGUAAUACCAAUGUUACAGGACGAUAUGGUGUCAUUGAAAGUCCAGGCUAUCCGAGCAAUUACGAGUUAAACUUAAACUGUUUGUGGACUAUACAGGUGCCCAAAGGGAAUACAAUCAAUGUAACGUUCACCCACUUCGAUGUUUACAGAACACGUAGAUAUGGCUAUCGUGGUUGGAAUAGAUAUCGACCUUAUGCCAACCCAAUAGCGAACAGUGAUUGUCAAUUAGAUUUUUUGCAAACAAAAGAGCUAUCUGAUCCAAAUUACUCUAGUAAAUUGUGUGGUAGUACAAUUCCGGCAAUGAUCACUACAAGAAGUAAUGCGUUACAAAUCAAAUUUUCUACUGGCGUCUACGUGGCGCGGUCUGGUUUUCGCUUAGAAUGGAUUAGUUCAGGGUGUGGCGGACACAUUAUUAAACGAAUGGGUACUGUAGCUAUUGAUAGAAGCAAAACCAACGAAAAGGAACUUGAAUGUGAAUGGCUAAUAGAAACUCAAGCUGGCAAGAGCAUCGUAAUCACUUUUAGUGAGAUUUACAUGUUAGAGUCUGCUAAUUGUACUACUGAUGCUAUUGAAAUAUAUAACGGCCAAAAUACGCUGGCUCCUCUCCUGACAAAAAUAUGCCAUCGUGAUUUUGUGUCCGUCCAGUCUAGUAGCAAUUUCAUGUUGGUACGUCUUUCGAAACGGUCAUCGCUUAGAGAUGUUCACUUUUCAUCGGAUUUCCGAUCGGUCAAUUCUCAAUGUGGUGGUGUUAUGAACAGCAAAUCUGGAAUGAUUUACUCUAAGAACUAUCCGCAGAAUUACGAUAAUAAUUUGGAUUGUCUGUGGUAUAUAAGUGUACCCGCUUUCCAUCGUAUUGAACUGAAUUUCAUAGAUUUGGAUCUUUACGCACUGUUUCGACAGAUAAAUGAUAGAUGUGAUGACUCAAUACAAAUUUAUGAUUACGAAUACUUUUCACCCUCAAGUUCCAACAACUCUUUCCGCAUUUGUCCUACUACACCAUUAAAUGAAACACAAUUUAUUAGUAAACACAAUAAUAUAGUUCUCCAAUUUAAAACAGAUGCUUAUGGAACGGCAAAGGGUUUCAAAGCAAACUUCUCUGUGGUAUGUGGUGCUACGAUAAAAGCUGAACAUGAAGGUGUCCUACAAAUCGACAACUUUGUCCAUCACGGUAGCAGUAGCUGUAUUUGGAAUAUUCUUGCAGAUUCACCAGAUAAAAAGAUAUAUUUAACAUUCACGCUUAUGUCAAUCCCAAAAGAUAAUAAUGUAGUCACAAACCGAACAUGCCCCUCAUCUUACCUCCGUGUGCGCGACGGAGAUGAUGAUAAAGCUCCCCUUGUUGGAGAAUAUUGUGGGCGCAGAGUUCCACCUAUGAUUGUCAGUCGUGGCAGUGCCUUGACAGUAGAGUUUGGAAGCUACACCGGUAAGGUCAACGGUAUAUUCGCAGCCCACUAUUCACCUCUCAGCAAUACCUGUGGAGGUGUGUUAACGUCUGAAGAAGGAACCAUAGCGUCUCCAAACUUCCCCUUGCCUUAUCCAAUAAACACUGAUUGUGAGUGGUUCCUACGAUCAUCGCCAGGUAAUACUGCAUACGUUCAAUUCGAGCAAUUCGAUUUACGAUUUUCUGAAGGCUGUAAUGACGACUAUGUAGAGAUUCGCGAAACUAACGGCGCUGGUCGGCUUUUGGGAGUGUAUUGCAGUAGUGAUAUUCCUAGCAAUCACAGCACUGCAGCUCAAAUAUAUAUCAAAUUCCAUGGUAAUUCCCAACCAAGUGGGAGAGGCUUUCUGUUACAGUAUGGAUUCGAGCAUGAAAAUGAUAUAACUGGAGAUAGUGGUGAGAUAUCAUCACCAUUAUAUCCCACUCGGUAUCUAGGAUCAGGAGAAUAUAGUUGGCGCGUGUUUACUUCUAACUCGGAUACUAUAUCUGUUACCAUUGAUGUUCUGGAAAUUUAUUCCCAUAGCGAGGUGAACUAUAAUAAACUAACUUUAUAUGACGGGUAUGACUCAACUGCUCCCAUUUUAGAGGAUCUAACUGGAGUACUGGUCGAACCAAAGGUUAUACAAUCGUCCUCAAAUGUAAUUUUCAUGACACUUAAAAUGGAUGAAUUGAAUGCAGGUUCAAAGUUCCACAUGAGUUGGACAAAAUCUUCUAGAAUUACUGAUUUUGGAAGUCCGGAAGAUAAAAUAAACUGUGGUUCGAAUACGACUGUAACUAUCUUACCAGGAAACACAGAAAUUUUAGCAUCGCCGAAUUAUCCUCAAGUAUAUAACGAUAAUUCAAAUUGUGAAUGGGUGUUCAAAUCACAAAUUGGACGUCACUUAUCUGUCAGCUUCAGUGAGUUCAAUAUUGAGGAUACCACCGCUUGUUUUGCUGAUUCAGUUUCGAUUUAUUCUUCAGACACACUUGGAAAUUGGAAGCCCGUUAUUGAAAAUAUAUGUACAUCAGAAGCAGUCUCUGCUGGAGUAAAUGCUUCGACAUACAUGAAAAUAAAGUUUAAAACGGAUUCAUCCGUAACCCGCACUGGCUUCCAAGGUCAAGUCAGUUCAAAAUGUGGUGGAAUCAUGACUGGAUUGUCCGGUGAGAUUGGACCAAUUUGGUCGGACGUACAAACUCUGUUUCAUUACCAGUCCAAAGUUAAAUGUGAAUGGACGGUGAAAGUGCGACCUGGUAGAACUAUAAAAUUAGACUUUGACCUUUUCAAUAUAACUAAUAAAAAAGACGCUGAUUGUGAAACGUAUGUCAUUUUACGUAAUGGUGAUUCUGCUGAAGCCCCUCUUUUAGCUAGCGGAAAGUAUUGUGGAUUCGAUCAUGAAAUUAAGGCAGACAUAAUUACUUCAAGUAAUACUUUAUUUGUUAGUUACGUAAAGGCGACCUACGACUUCCAAACUUUUAAGAUAAAUUACGAAGAAAAAAGUUUUGAAUGUGGUUCAACGUCAACUCUUACAGCCGAUCACACUUGGGAAAUAAUAACUUCUCCAAAUUAUCCAUCAGUACCAGUUCCGUUUUCGGAAUGUGAAUGGGUAUUUUCUGGUCCACCUGGUGAAAUCCUUAGAAUAGAUUUUCUAGAUAGAUUUGAUUUAACCGAUGCAGAAGAUUGUAACAAAGAAGUCGUUGAAAUUCGAAUGGGAUCAUCCAGGUAUUCACCACUAAAUGGCAGAUAUUGCAGUGACAGACCGCCAACAAUCAAGAGCGUAGAUAACACAAUGUAUAUAAAAUAUUCAACGGCUUUGACGGAGCCUCGAAACGGAUUUAAAGCAAACAUAUCUAUUGAUAUAUGUGGAGGGACCAUUAUUUCCGAUGCUGGUGAAAUCAAAUCACCAGGAUAUCCGCACCUGCAAGUGCUCCCUUACGGAACUGUCUGUACAUGGACUGUUAUCGGACCGCCGAGACAUGUUUUUCGUAUAAAACCCGAAGAUGUUAAUUUACCUCUCUCAGAAUCACAGUGUGCAACAAAGUUGACUAUUGAAGAAGCAUUGCCUGCAAAUAACACAAUCACUAUACUUAGAACGUUAUGUAAUGACGAUAAUCUAACACCAAUUGAAACGUCAAGAAACGAGUUUAAUAUUAAACUGUACAUAGGUAAACCAGAUGCAUGGGAACAGACAUCGGAGAACAGAGGCUUUAAAAUAAGUUUUAAUUCAUCUCGGCCCAUGUGUGGUGGCGUAAUCACGUCUUCUGAAGGUUACUUGACUUCUCCGGGCUAUCCUCUAGAAACUACAAUAAGAUAUUGCCAAUGGAUCAUAAAAGUACCUGAUAAGUCUCGGAAAGUUCGUUUGGAAAUACUAGAUAUGGAUGAAGAAAGGCACAGAAUAGGUAUCUUUAACGACAUAAGCUUUAAAACUAUUAUCCAGGCUAUUCCCAAUAGAGAUUAUAUUCCUGGAACAAAAGUUUUUGAGUCUUCCGGCAACACUAUGGCUCUGUACGUUUGGUUAAACCGAACAUCUCCAUCGCACCGGUUCAAAGCUCAGUUUAGUUCAGAUGAAUCAGCAUUGUGCGGCGGUCAACUAACAGACAGAAAUCAAGUUCUUCUGUCACCGGACCUAAAUCGUUCUUAUACUUGUGAAUGGCAUUACAAUAGUCAAACCACAUACAAUGAUCAUCUUACCACAAACCUCACCUACAAUUCCGUAUAUUUGACUGGUACAGUUAAUUCUUCUAUGUCCAGGACACGUUGUCGAUUUUUCGAUCCUCAAAUCUUCAUAAGGUCAAGAGAUGACACCAGGUUUACUCGUGAAAUUUGUGGAAACACAGACGUGGAACUAAGAAUACCGGUCCAAGUUUUAGAUAUUACUGCAACCAAAAGUAAAUUGAAUUCUUUAUAUUUCCAUUUCGAAUUCAAUUCUCAACCAUGCGGUGGUAUCGUUCGUGUAGGGUAUGAUCCUGUUAAUGUCUUAAACAUACCCGAAUUCUAUAACGGCUCUUUAGACUGUGCUUGGGUUGUUACGGGAUCGACCAGUAGGGUUGAAAUAAAAAUUGAAGGAAGCUUUACAUUGGAUUGCGAAAGCGAGUUUCUGAGAAUUAGUACAUCUUUGAGACAAGACGCCCCAUUAAUAGCUGAUUAUUGCAAAGGGAAAGUUUCAGACUCUACCUUACUUACUCACUUUAGAUAUCUGUACAUUCAAUAUCAUUCAAAUAUUAAAAACACGACCAAUUUAAAACUUAUGGUCAGGUCUGUGACUGAACAAUGUGGUGGAUUGCUAAGUUCAUACCAAACCGCAUUUACGUCACCAAAUUAUCCUAAACAUUACUUACCAAACCAAGAGUGCGCAUGGGAAAUACGGGCUGAUGUCGGCUUUAGAGUUUCGCUCAAGUUUGUCGAAAGAUUUGUUAUUGAAGACACAACUAAUUGCACCAAAGAUUCUGUCAUAAUUUACGAUUGGAAGGACGACGUUUUCACGGAAAUAGUAAGAGUAUGUGGACGAAACACACCACCUGUCUACAAUUCCACUUUAAAUCGUAUGAAAGUUGUUCUACGUACAGAUGCUGAUAGAAAUCUUGAUGGGUUCAAAGCUGAGUGGGAACAGAUUUGUGGCGGAGAAUAUACAGCUACUGAGAAGGAGCAAAUAUUAUACAGUCCAGGUUUUCCAUAUGCUUACCAUCAAAAUAUGUAUUGUCGUUACGAGAUAGAGGCACCAGGUAGCAAAAUUGUUCUCAAGUUUCUCGACUUUGAACUAGAGGGUGGCGCUCCUGACUGCUUGUCCGAUAACUUAACACUCAUAGCUGAUUCAGCUUACAGCUACGACUAUCAAGUUUUCUGUGGUAGUGAUAUCCCACCCAUGACAACUAAUGCUGACGAAGUUUCAUUGAUAUUCCAAAGUGACAAGUACAUACAAAGAAGAGGAUUUAGAAUAGCAUACUCCAUUUUUUCAUGUGGAGGAAGAGUAAACUCGUCAACUGUUUUGACGUCGUCCCUCACUGAGACUUACGACACGAAUUUGAAUUGUACGUGGUUUAUUGAAGCACCCGCUAACAAGAAAGUUGUACUUAAAUUCCUUUAUAUUGACUUAGAAAGCCAACGGGAUUGCUAUAGUGAUUUCAUCGCAGCAUUCGAAGGACUCGUCAUCGAUGAAGAUAAACGUAUAGCGUUACUGUGUGGCCACUUUAAUUCAACAACUGUCAUUAGAAGCAAAGGUAACACCAUGCUGCUCCAGUUUUCAACUGACGGCAGUAUCAAUUACAGGGGCUUCAAAGUCGACGUUUAUUUCAGCUAUUCUGAAGCAGCUCAAUGUGGUGGUUACGUUAAUUUAACAAGUGGAUCGUCACAUAUUCUUAAAAGUCCCUUUAUGGGCCAUGCUGUAUACGAAAACUACCUAGAUUGCGAUUGGUCGUUAAUAUCACCUCCCGACACUGUAAUUAAAAUUGAAUUCACCUCGUUCCACGUAUCUCCUUGUCAAAAUGUCAAUCAAACUGCGAUAGGGUACAGUAAAUGCGAUUGCGACUUAGUAGAAAUAAAAGAUGGCUUAAAUCCUAAUAGCUUAGUAAUAGGAACGUACUGCGGUCAUAGCCUUCCACCACAGUUAACUUCUUCUAGUAAUACGAUGAGCGUUAGAUUGGCCACGGAUGGCGAGAUAGGCAGUCAGGGCUUCGUUGCCACAAUCACAACUCACACGGCACUGUGUGGACAAUCCACUAUAGUUGUCAGCGAAACACCACAACGGCUAAAGUCUCCCGGUUAUGAGGUAGGGUCCGUGCCCCGGGGGGUGCAUUGUGUGUAUCACUUGGAUUCAAGCCCUGAGCCAUACAGCUUACUACGAGUCACUGUGGUCACACUGGACUUACGCCCGCCUGCCGAUGAAGGUGCAGACGCAAAAACCUGCAAUACAGAUAAGUUCAUUAUAGCCAGUAAUACUGUACAUCCUAAUGCCACCCUUGGGAAAGACUUCAUCUUAAAUAACCAGGACACCGAUUUCUUUAGCCGUAAUAGUUUUUACGAUAGUAGCCUACACUUUCCCGUCCGUUUUGAGAUAUGCGGGCACAGAGAAACCACAGACUUUUAUUUAUACGGUAGCACGACUUUAAAUUUAAUAACGUCGCCAGAAACUGAUUCCAAGGUUUAUAAAGGCAUAGAAAUAGAAGUUGCAUACGUAGGUUUUUGUGGCAGAAAUUAUUCAGAGUCGAGUGGAAGAGUUCAAUCUACGAACACAAACAGCCCUACGACUCCCAGUGACUGUUACACGCUGAUCACUGCUCCGGUUAACCACACGAUUUCCGCGUACUUCCUUAGCGCCGUGCCAUCAUACUGGAACGAAGACUGUUAUCUCGAAAUAUUCGACGGUAAUAAUGUUACUGCACCCAGCUUGCUCAAAAUACACUCAGAAUAUGAGACCAAUAUCCCUGUGUUCUCAACUGGUAGAUAUUUGUUAUUACACAACCAUGAAAAUAAUAGCGAUCGUGUAAUAUUUGAUUUAAAUUACGUUACAACUAACAAAGGUCGCGGUUGCGGAGGGAAAUUACAAAGUAUAGUGGGGCAAGUCACCAGCCCCCUGUACCCCAACAUUUACAGGCAGGUAUCGAGUUGUGAGUGGGAGCUGGAGACUCCGAUAGGCACGCAUUUACUGUUACAUUUCUCUGUGUUUGACUUGGGCAUUACUUGCGAUCAGAAUUAUGUAAAGCUUGUAGACAGUAAGGGUGUUGCGGUGCGGACCUUCUGUGAAGACGUUCCUGCUGACUACACGAGUCCUGACAACUAUGUCAAGAUAGUCUUUGUGACCACAAUGAAUAAUGGUGGCACUGGUUGGGUAGCCGAGUUUAUAGGCCUGGAGUAAAUACAAUAUUUUAGGAUGAUAAUUUUUAUUUUAUUAAUUGCUUUGUUAGUUUUGUAGUAGGUACCUAUAUUUAAAUGCCCACAGGUUUAUAAAAAAAUUUUUUUUUGUCAAAUAAAUUAUUUUCUGACUGCAGGUUGUUAAGUGCUAAGAUAGCCCGAAGUAAGUAAAAAGGUUACACAUUUUUACUGAAGCUGGCUAAUCUAUAUGUAUAAAACCUAAUACAUGUACGGCCGUAAAAUACAAGUGUUUUUACUGUAACAAAAGUAAUUGUAAUUUAUCAAUAAGAAAUACCUAUAUUUGUGAAACAUUGUCAAAUAUUAAACAGAGUCAAAUUAUAUGAAGGUGCAUAUUUAUUUCAUGUAUAAAUCACGAAAGUAAAGAAAGUAAGUAGUAAGCCGAACUAUAUUCGAAAAUAUGAUUGUUGAUGGUUACUGCUAACUAUUUUCAACUUAUGUAAUUUAGAAGUGUAAUAAAUAUUAAAACCAAGGCUA